GGGAUUCUCGAAGCGGCUGCGUAACAAACGCAGCAGCAACAUUUACGUUAACCCCCCGCGUUGCCAUGGCGACGGCCGCCAAGAAGCGCAAGAUGAACUUCUCGGAGCGCGAGGUCGAGAUUCUCGUGGACGAGAUCGAGCGGCACAAGCACGCGCUGCUCGCGCACUACAACGCGGGCGUCACGCAUGCGCGCAAGCGCGGCGCGUGGGCCGCCAUCUUGGCGCGCGUGAACGCGGUCACCACGUGCCCGCGCGCGCUGCCCGAGCUGAAGAAGAAGUGGUCGGACAUGAAGACGGAAGUGCGCAGGCGCGUCGGCGCGGCCCGCGCCGCGGCGGCGCAUGCGCACGCCGUCCCCGUGGUGCUCAGCGCGCCGCAGCAGCGGAUCUGCAACCUGCUGGGGGAGGGGCAGGGGGCGGGGCCUGGGGACGAGGAGGAGCUGGACGACGCUCUCCCGGCCGGUCCGGAUAACGUCUGUGUUCCGGAUAACGUCUGUGUGGAAGCUAAAUCUCUCCACGCAGAGACCUCCUUCCACGGCCUGGAGGACGGCGGCGUGGUGGAGUUUUGCACCACCACCACCUCGUCCCCCCCCGACCCGCCUCCCCCUCCGCCGCCGCCACGGCCGCAGGAGCUGCGCAGCCGCAUCGCCCUGAACUCGGCGCGCCUGCUGCAGGAGCAGCGGCUCACCAACGCGCACCUGCGGCAGCUGGCGCUGCACCUGGAGGCCGGAAACCGGCAGCUGCUGGCCGGCCGGCGGGCCCAGGAGAGCCAGGCCCGGGCCCAGGAGCGGCAGGCCCGGGCCCUGGAGGGGGCGCAGGCCGCGCUGCUGGCGCUGGUGGCGGCGCUACGGCCCGCGCUAAGGGAGCUACGGGGCUUCCUGGCGGCGGGGGCGGGGCCCGGGGCCCGAGACGCCGCGGGGGCGGAGCCUGGAGCCGGCCGGCCCGAGACGCCCUAGACCCGGGGGGUUCUGGACUCUACCGGGGUCGGGAUUCUGGGACUAAAGUCGGACAAAAGUCGGAAUUUUGGGAUGUCGAGAAAAAAAGCAAAAUGUCAAGAAAAAAGUCGGAAUUUUGAGAAAAAAGUUGGCGAGAAAAAAGUUGGAAUUUUGAGAAAAAAGUCGGAAUGUUGAGAAAAAAGUCGGAAUGUUGAGAAAAAGUCGGAAUGUUGAGAAAAAAAGUCGGAAUUUUGAGAAAAAAGUGGAAAUGUCGAGAGAAAAAAGUCGAAAUGUCGAGAAAAAAGUGGAAAUGUCGAGAGAAAAAACUGGAAAUGUCGAGAUAAAAUUCUGAAUUUCGAGAAAAAAAGUCGGAAUGUUGAGGAAAAAAGUCAGAUUUUCGAGAAAAAAGUCUAAAUUAAAGUCGGGAUUCUGGGACUAAAGAUGGACGAAAGUCGGAAUGUCGAUUAAAAAAGUUGAAAUGUCGAGAAAAAAGCCUAAAUUAAAGUCGGAAUUCUGGGAUAAAAGUCAGACUUUUUGGAUUAAAGUCAGAAUUUUGACUUUUUUUCCGCCGGCGGGCCCAGGAGGGGGGCGCCUCAGGACAGCCCAAAGUUUCCUACUGUCCUUGAACACGUCUGCCUUUUUUCAGCCCUGCAGGAAGCUGGAGCUUUUUCCUACAGACCCUGAACUCAUCCUUCCGUUUAUCUGUCUCUCUUUGUGGAGAGAGAAUGUUAUUUCUGUGUUGUAGCCGGGGCUUCUGGGUAAUAA